AUGGAUGGAGGAACAGAUAAAACUUUAAUAAAUACGAAUAUAAAGAUAUUGGACAGAAAGAUAUCAGAAAGCCUCGGAGGAAGCAUACCUUCACAAAUUGGAAACCUUACAAGUUUGACAUAUCUUGCUUUGGCUGACAAUCUCUUGACUGGCAGCAUUCCAUCAGAAAUAAAAAUGCUCCAUAGGUUGGAAAGAUUGCGCCUUCGUAACAAGAAGUUGCAAGGGCCCAUACCAGGUGAGAUUUCUCAGUUAAGAAAUCUAGGAAGUUUAUCACUUCGCCAAAACAUGCUGUCUGGACCAAUACCGCAUUCUCUUGGUGACCUGGUCUACAUGAGAAGGCUGCUUCUUUCUGAAAAUCGGUUAUCAGGAAAUAUACCGUUUACUCUAGGUAAGUGUUGGCGCAUGGAACUGCUUGACCUUUCAUGGAACCGACUCAGUGGAAGCAUACCUAGAGAGCUUGGAAGUCUUUCAAAUCUUCAGUUCUAUUUCAACCUGUCACACAAUUCUCUUGAAGGCUCCCUUCCUCCAGAGCUUGGUAAAAUGGGCAUGGUGCAGACAAUGGAUAUCUCUUUCAAUCAGUUAACUGAUCACAUCCCAGAGGCACUUGGAAGUUGCACAGGACUGGCAAGAUUGAAUCUUUGUCAUAAUUCAUUGCAAGGUCCAAUUCCACAGUCAUUGAGUAAAAUGAAAAAUUUGGAGAAGCUAGAUUUCUCUUCAAAUAACUUAUCAGGUGCAAUACCAAAGUCCUUGGGAAAACUCCCCAUGCUUCACACUGUGAAUUUCUCAUUCAACAACUUGAGAGGAGAAGUUCCUAUAGAUUGGGGUUCUUCAAAUUUAACUUUCAAGUCACUUAUGGGAAACCCCAGGGCCUCUGCGGAGAGUAACUACUUGUAUAGCAGAAUAUCAAGUAUCCAAAGAACUUUUAGCUUCCAGAAGGGGCAACAAAUGAUUCCAUAUGAAGCUCUUGUAAAAGCAACUGAUGGAUUCAGUGAUAGAAACAAAAUAGGAGCUGGUAGAUUCGGAUCAGUCUAUACAGAAAUUUUGGAUGAUGGCACAACAGUUGCUGUCAAAGUCCUCAACUUGCUGAAUAAGGAAGCUUCCAAGGAUUUUAUCACAGAAUGCAAAGUGUUUGGAAGUGUUCGCCACCGAAAUCUUGUUAGACUAAUAAAUUAUUGUUCAAUGCUUCACUUCAAAGCUUUGGUUCUCCAAUUGAUACACAAUGGAAGCUUGGAAAACCAUCUGAGAAUGUCAAUAACUGUUCACAGUCAUAGAGCUCGUGGAAAUCAUUUAGUAGAGGAAAAACCAUCAAACGCAGACAUGUCAGUUGGUUUGCACAAAGAGCUUUUUAAAGCUCUACUAACAGUUGUGUACGAAGCAAAGCAAAUGAAAAUUGUGCUUGAGUGUGUAGUUUACUUGUUGGAAUUCUAG